CGUCGGUCAGACACUUGACGAGCUCAGUGAGUGAGGGCACAUGUUCAAGAGCGGACAAGACUCGUGGAUUUCCCACGCAAAACGCACCCGCUGAGAGGCAGCAAAGACAAGACACCUCCUGCUGAGAUUGAUAACAUUAUGGAAUCAUGAUAUCGACAGUGGACGAAGAAGAGUUAGAUGAGGCUGAGCAGCAUGAUGCCACUGACACCACCUGGAGCUGGACCCGCCAGACCAUGAACUACGUGGGCCAGUUGGCGGGCCAGGUGUUCGUCCAGGUCAAAGAGCUGUACCGAGGCCUCAAUCCCGCCACCCUGUCCGGAUGCAUCGACGUCAUCGUGGUGCGUCAGCCCGAUGGCACCCUGCAGUGCUCGCCUUUCCACGUUCGCUUCGGCAAGAUGGGCGUCCUCCGGUCCCGGGAGAAAGUGGUGGACAUGGAAAUCAACGGGGAACCCGUGGAUCUGCACAUGAAGCUCGGAGACAAGGGAGAGGCGUUCUUUGUGCAAGAAACUGAAAAUGAUCAGGAAGUGGUCCCGUCCUACCUGGCCACCUCUCCCAUCUUGUCAGACGGAGGCGCUCUGAUGAGCUCGUCCGUGAUGGGGAAGAGCUCCGGGUCCAACGUACAGACCCUGGGCUCCAUGGGGAGCAGCGGAGACAACGGCGGAGGGCUGAUGAAGAAGAGGAGGAAGAGGAGGAGGAAGGCCCGGACGGACAGCGUGAGGCGGGAGGAGAGCGGAGACUACUCGGCGGACGAGGACAUGUUCACCAUAGACAUCAGCUCGGACGACGGGGGGGAGAUGGAGAGCAGUAGGCCGAACGCAACAGGUUCAGGCACGAUCUGUGGUUCUGUCGGUCGUGAAAGUCGUUACAGAAAAUGGGUGGAGAGUCAAAGGUCUCGAGACGUCCUGAGAGACGAGGCCGCGGUCGGGCCAGCCGGCGGUUCCUUCAAGCAGACCGGCAUCUACACGCUUUCCGACGGAGAGUGGAGCCCCAUCCAAAGCCCUGGGAACUCUCGGCCUACCUCUCCCAAGAGUGACUCUGAGAUAAUCACCAAGUCGUCAGACAAUCAGAAUCCAGCCAUGCUCUGGGCGUGGGGGGAGCUGCCACAAGCUGCCACGCCAUCCUUCCUCCAGCUGAAGCCCGACCCUCCGCCCGUCCACCCCGUGUCCAUCCCCGUGUCUGAGAGCACGCACUUCCGCGUGAUCUCUCACGAGGCGUCUUCGGAGCAGCGCGGACCCUGCCCGGAAGUGGCCGCUCUCCGGCUGCUGAUGCCGGAGGAGGCGGCCGACGGGCAGAGAGCUGUCGUCAGCGUCGGGAUGGGGUCCGCGGGGAUGGAGUCGCAGGCCGCGGCGAACUCAACCGAAGGAGCGGCGGCUCGCAUGGUGACCGACAUGGAGGAGGCGAUGCCUCGACCGCCGGGAAAGACAGACUCUCCAUCUAAGAAAAAAGACAAAAGAAGCCGCCAUCUUGGCUCUGAUGGAAUUUACCUGGACGACAUCACGGAGCUGGAACCUGAAGUGGCAGCCCUUUAUUUCCCUAAGAGCGAGAGCAGCGCAACGGUGAGGAGCAUCUCUGACCCGGGCCUCCACAGCGCCAGCCUGUCCCCGCAGUCGGUGGGCUCCGGUGGAGACAGCGGAGUGGACAGCUACUACUGCGACCACAUGUCCGACCUGCCCAAUAUCGCCAUCUCUCUGUGUGGAGGACUCACCGACAACAGGGAGAUCACUAAAGAGCAGUUUCAGGAGAAGAUCAUCUCCUAUCAGCAGUUCACAGAGAACCCGUCCAUCAUCGAUGACCCCAACUUAGUUGUGAAAAUUGGCUCAAAGUACUAUAAUUGGAGCACUGCCGCCCCACUUGUGCUGGCUAUGCAGGCCUUCCAGAAACCUCUGCCAAAGGCUGCAGUGGAGAGCAUCAUGAAGGAGAAGAUGCCCAAAAAAGGAGGGAGGUGGUGGUUCUCCUGGAGAGGCAGAAGUAACAGCAUCAAAUCGGAUUCGGUCUCCGAGCGCGGGGCUUGUGGUUCUCCUGAGGAGCUUGGGAACAUGUCGGACAGGCAUAAAGAAGAGUCAUCCUCCAGCGACGAGGACCACCGAGCAGCCAAGCAGAGCUCUCAGGCCAACCAACCAGAGCCCGGGGUCCCAUCAGGGGGCGUGUCUUAUAAGAAAACGCUGCGACUCACAUCGGAGCAGCUGCUGUCUCUACAGCUGCAGGAAGGUCCUAACGAUGUCGUGUUCAGCGUGACCACUCAGUACCAGGGAACCUGCCGCUGCCAGGGCACCAUCUACCUCUGGAACUGGGACGACAACAUAAUUAUCUCCGACAUAGACGGAACCAUUACCAGGUCAGACACGUUGGGUCACAUCUUGCCCACGCUUGGGAAAGACUGGACGCACCAGGGAAUUGCACACCUCUACCACAAAGUCAGCCAAAACGGCUACAAGUUCCUGUACUGUUCAGCUCGAGCCAUCGGCAUGGCUGACAUGACGAGAGGCUACCUCCACUGGGUCAAUGAGAGAGGCACCAUGCUUCCUAUGGGCCCCGUCCUCCUGAGCCCCAGCAGCCUCUUUUCAGCUCUGCACAGGGAGGUGAUCGAAAAGAAGCCAGAGAAGUUCAAGGUGGAGUGCCUUAAUGACAUCAAGAACCUCUUCUACCCCAACCCACAGCCUUUCUACGCAGCCUUUGGCAACAGACCAACGGAUGUAUUUUCUUAUAAAGAAGUGGGCGUGCCUCUAAACAGGAUCUUUACAGUAAACCCUAAAGGCGAGCUGGUGCAAGAACACGCCAAGACCAACAUCUCAUCCUACGUGCGUCUUGGCGAGGUGGUGGACCACGUGUUUCCUCCGAAGAUGAGGGCCUCCUCCUCCGACUUCCCCUGCUCGGACACGUACAGCCACUUCACCUACUGGAGGGAGCAGCUCCCCCUGGUGGACCACCAGGGAACUACGCCCCCGCAGACUCCCAGCUCCAGCAGUGAUACGCUGCCCGCUGAGCUCCAGAGCACUGACUGAAUGAGAGGGUAGCGGAGAUUCAGAGAGUGGUGGUUACAUGCGCGUGAUAUAUUAACGUAGAAGACGAAGCACUGUUUUCUUUUUGUUUGUUUGUUUGUUUAUUUAGUGCACAGCAAAACCUGCUGUGAUUAUAGUCUUAAUGCAAAAUAGGGAUGUAAGUGCACUUUUAUCAAGAGACUAUCUCCGCGGUUGUCUGAUUAUAUGUAUGUAUAUGAGUAAUUUAUUCCGGCAGCUUAGCACAGACGUCAUUUUGGAUGGAAUGUUGACAUUAUCUCAGUAAGAAGACAAGUGUGGUGUGUAUUUAAAACAAAAAACCUCUGUUCAACAGUGCUCAAAAACAAAAAAAAAAAAAAACGAGGUGCCAAAUAGUCAGUUUGCAAUCAAUCAGCAUGGAAACGUAGCACUACAUAUGCAGACGGUGUCCUUAUAUAGCAGUAUAUGUGUGCGUUUAUGAUGAUUCUGUUUGAAAGAAGUCAGUAUUAAUUAUCAAAAUGUAUUACAGAGCACAGUGAGGGAGUGAAUGAAUGAAUGAGUUAGCAGCUGUGUAGCGUCAUCAACCAACCAAGGUACACUAUGACUUCCAUUUGAAAUGAAUAUUCAGAGCAAUACAGAGAACAGAAAAGCACAACCUUUCUAAUUCCUCUGAAGACUGUUAUGUGUGAUAUGAAAUAUUGAUUUAUUUUUCUAUCCGAGCCUCAGCAGUGUGCGAGAGGUGGUGGGCUUCGUGAAGCGUCCUUUAAUUUAUCCAUUCAGUUGCAGCGCACAUAAACGCACGUUGACUGUCCCGUUGACAUGUGACACUCACCGUGUCACUUGUCAGACUAUCCACGGCUUGAAAGAAUGUUUGGCCUUUUUGAAGUAGCAAACAUCUGGCGACUCAUCUUGAUUUCUUCUUAUACAGACAACAUGAGGUCAUACACGGUAUAUGAGCAGGGACUGCCACCAUGGCAGCCCGCCUUAAGUUACAGUUUGUUAUCAAAAGUAUCAUGAAAGUAAGCCUUCAGUUUAGCUUAUGAAAGAGGAUGUAUAUAUAUAUAUGAUGCUGUGACAGUGCUGUUAUUCUUUCUAUGAAAGAGCUGAAAUAGUUUUAUUUUUGCCUUACUUGUGAUCAGUAGUUUUAUUUGACCAGUUCAUUGUGAAAUUGGUGUAAAUCGAAUCAUUAAAAAUACGUUGGUACAUCA